AUGGUAAAACAUUGGAAGCGAACCCACAAUAACCACGGCCCACCGCCCAGCGGACUAGAAGACUCAGCUUCCGAGGAUGGCAGCCCACCUCCAACACCCGAUAGCCAGACCGGCGGGAUGCCGUGGUCGACUGACCCUCACACGCUGUCGGGCCACCCGAGCCACCCAGGCCAUCCCGGCCAACUCCAACGAGCACCUUCAUAUGCCGACUUUGGCCCGCACAUGACCAACUAUAGCAUGCACCAGCAGUAUCCGCCGCAUAGCUUAUCACCCAGCACCAUGGCUAACUACCAUGGCGUUCCCGCCAUGACCCAACCACCACCCCUUGACGGCGCCCACGACCUCCCCCCAUCACAACAACACGCCGGCAUGCACAUGGCCCAGCAAACGCCGAGGAUACCGGUCGGCUUCUUCAUCCCGGACCAUAACAAUCCGGGGGUAGCGACCAUGAACACGCUCGAGAGCCCGGGCGCUUAUACCGUAGUAGGGGGGAGGACGCCGCCAACGACGCAGGGCUUUUAUGCGCAGAUCCCGCGCGGUCAGCUGCAGCAACAACAACAGUUGCACCAACAGCAACAACUGCAAGAACAGCAACUGCGACAGCAACAGGAGCAACAACUGCGGCAGCAACAGGAGCAACAGUUGCGGCAGCAGCAAGAACAACAGUUGCGGCAGCAGCAGGAACAACAGUUGCGGCAGCAGCAAGAACAACGACUGCGCCAUCAACAAGAGCAGCAGCAGCAGCAGUGGCACGACAGCGGGCAAUAUCAGUCCCCCGUGUCGGUGCCCAUGCCUGUGCCCGUCCCCGAGGUGGCCAGCAUCGGCUCCAUGCCCGUGUUCGGGUCGGUCGUCGGCGGGUUCAACCCGUGGGACGCGCCCAAGCUCGAGUUCGAGAACGACCCCACCAUGCAGAUGCCCAGUGCUAGGAUCGAUACCAUGUGA